UCAUUUUGCUUUUGUGUGUACAUAGCUAUGUACAUACAUAUGUACACACACGCAACACAGCUACGCAAUUUUCAGUCAAACAUCUGACUACAAAGACAGAAUUAUUUCCACGUUAAAAUUUAUAUAGACAUAAUGUCUAAAAACCCAUUUGUCUCUCUUAAAAUAUCGGUUAAGCAGUGGCUCAAACCGAAACCCGACAAAAAAUCGAUCCCCUCAGGAAAAGAAAAGGACGAAGUGCAAAAAGUGAAAACAUUGACGUUCGCAGAUUUACGAGCGAAAGGAGGCCUAGAUUCUGCCCUGGAUUAUUUGCAAACAAAUAUCAUUGUUCCACACUUUAAUCAGAAAUUGUAUGAGAGAGCUGGUCUGAAAGGGGACCAUUAUGCUGGGGAUAAGCUCAUCCUGUAUGGCGAUGAUAACGAGGGAAUAGCAAACAUGGUUGAUGCCCUAGCCCACGAAUUGUUCAAUCCUGACGGCACACGACAUGACGGGACAGUAAUUACCAUUUCGGAAGAACAAAACGACUGGUUGACCACAGCUCAGAAGCAGUACGAGGACGUGCAUAAAUUAGUUGACCAUGCAGCCAAAAAUAUGCCGGCAAUCAUUUUCGUGGAAAGUGUCCACCCUGAGUUUAAGUUUAAAGAUGGCACGGAAGCAUUACUAUCUCACAUUGCUUGGUGCUUGAACAACAGCUUGGAGAAGCUACAACCUGUCUCCAAAAUCGUGCUGAUUUUGGGCCUAAACAGUCUGAUUGAAAAAGAAGAGAUUUGUCUAAAACGUCGCGGAUUCACUAAAAUUCUUCAUGUUAAAAAAGUGUGGACGGUGGAAGCUAUUAGGAAGCAGUUGAUCGCGACCACCUCAGAUUGGGAGGGACGCCCUGAAGAUGCAAUUUUGGACAAUAUGUCGAAGAACCUAUCCACUUUAGAUGAUAAGGACAUGAAGGUGAAAAUAGAGAAAAUUUGUUCCACUGCGUUUCGAAAAUGUUUGUUACGCCAGGCCGAAAAAUAUUCGGGGGCAGAUGUUGCAGGUAGUUUGAAACCUUAUCGAAUUAAUGAGGCCGAGAUUAAUCCAACGGAGAAAGAUUGGGACGAAGCAUUCGCUGAGGUUAAGAAUGAGGAGAAAUCGCAUGGAUAAAAAUAAUUUAUUUAUACUCUUGAGCUAUCGUUACUGGCCGGAGUUAUAUGAUUCCACCCAUCGUAAUAAGGGUAUAAUCUUUUAGUACUAUUGUGGUAAUGAAAUAUUUACAACUCAGGUACAAAAUUAAGAAUUACUACCAAUCCGGUAGGAAGUUAUUUCCAAAUAAAUACCUAUACGCGAUAUCUAUGUAUGUAUAUGUUACUCUACAGAUUUUUAACAGUGUAACGAUGCGUAUCUUACUGUAUUUAAUUUGCUGCUCAUUUAACUCUUUUUUUAAUUAACCACUUAUUGUAAAAUUUGUGUACUUAUGUAUUGCAUAUCAGCAAAUUAUUUUAAUUAAGACGAAAAAGUUGUUAAUAAAGUAUGAUAGACAAAUUUGCAGAAUUUUACUCACACAGGACUCAUAAUGCCUACAUGAUCGUAAAUCUGUACAUAUGUAUGUUUGUAUCUAUAAAUAAAUUUUUUGAGAUAUCUACA